GUGUACAUUUUAGAGAUGAGACGAGGCAUUAAUGACAAGUGUCAUGUGGAUAGCCUUAUACCUGCAUUUCAAAUCACAAUACCAAUCUCAUUUCUUCUUUUACCCUCUCUUCGUAUCUUCUCCCUCCAAACCACACACCCAACCCCUCUCUCUCUCUCUACAAAAACACAGACUUCUCUCGUUCUCUCGCCUCAUUUGCUCAACAACACAGCUCUUUCUCUCUCUCUAGAACAGAGCUUCUCUCUCUCUCGCUCUCUGCUACCAUGGUGGUGGCAGAGUUCUCUCCUUCAUACACCAAAACUCGUCUUCACUCUCCACAGCUCUACUAUUUAUCUACUCGUUUCACAAAUCGCCGAACUAGUCUCUCUCUUCGACGCCUCCCUCAAACUCGAAUUGCCAGAGUGGUUUGCUCCGUUGCAUCCAAGCACAUAUCACCAAAUUACAGAGGAUGCUGGAAUCCUUGCAGUCUAUAGAGGAAGAGGUUCAAGUACUUCGAAGACAAAAAUCUGCAUGGAACAUGAUAUGGAGCCAGACGCAGCUGUCCAGAGACGAAGUUCUGGUGGUGUCUGGAGGCGGAUAGCUGGAUAGGCGGUACAUGCAACCCGUUAAAGUUGGAAGGUCAGUACCUCAAAAAUUAAAAGGGUUAUUCAAUAAAACUAAAAAGUUGUCAGGGACCAUAGUUGUCCCAAAGCACCAGGGUUUUGAUCUUUCGCUCAUGCAGAAUGUACAUUGGAAUUGAGAAAAAUAAUUAAAAAAAUUGAACCGAAAUUUUCUCAAAUCCCACCAAUUCUAAUUUCAAUUCCAAAGCUCCAAUUCCAUAUAACCCUUACACACCUUUAAAAUUUUGUGCACGAUAUUGUUGAUAAUUUUAAGCUCUUUCACGGUCACAUACUAAAACAACCCUUUGUCCCUAUUAAUCUUCUUGGUAUUGGCUCUAACCAUUUCAAGCGAGGUUUGAAUGCCACCAACACCACAUCUUUUUGGACGCAAAAAACCCCCACCAUUCGAAGAACAUUGCUGUUUUGGCAUGCAUCAUCAAAGUGAUGACACCACUUCCUCGGCCACCGCACUCGUAACAAAUGACAAUGCUAAUACUAGGUUUGAAAUGUAAGAUUAUUUAUUAAUUAUGUCGCCUACAUGAUUUGGACAGGUGAUUUACUUCUAUUUCUAUUAUUUGGUGGUUAAAUAAAAUAGAUAUCAGAUUAAUAUUAUAUUAUUUGGUAAACUUAUAAAUUAUCUUUAUGGUAAUUAAUUAUUAGAGAGGCUAUCAGAAUCUUGGCUGUUAUGUUUGUGAUUGGCAUGCAUGAGUGAGUCCUAAAUGUCUGCUGAACUAUUAUGAGAAUUCCAUGAGAAAAAAGACUAAAUUUAAACAAGAUUCUUGAAUUUCUUUCAGUUGUUUCUCUGUACUUUGUUUGGAAUACCCCAGUUAUUUGCAUGGUAUAACUUUAAUUCUUAAAUUUUCUUUUGUUGUUAUGUAAUUGUUUUUGUUUUUUUUUAUUAUUGUCACUCAUUGUAAUCGGAUUCUAUUGGAUCAUUUGGUGAUUAAUAAUAACAAUUGAUUUUUUGUA